AUGAGGACGUACGGCACCGUGCCUGUCCAGGAGGAGGCUGAUGAUGGUUCAGGCGUUGAGCGAGCCGCCACGCUUGUUUCCUCCGGCAAGCACGAGCGAGACAACCGUACCAUUACGCCGCCGCUGGACGACGACGCACGAUCUGUAAUGUCGGAACGAAGCCACGAAUCCGCACAGGCCGGUGUCAAACGUCUGGAAGCCAUCUCAUCAACAUGGUCGAAGACGGGACUCUACGUCGCAUAUGUCGGUAUAGCGCUGCUGGCGUAUGCGACGUCAUUGGAAGGACAAACGACCACGAACCUCACCAUCUUCGCAACCAGCGCAUUCAAGUCGCACUCCCUGGUCUCGACAGUUCUAGUAAUUCAAGGAGUAGUACUGUCGAUUGUCAAGCCUCCAAUGUCCAAGAUUGCUGAUGUCUUCGGCCGAUUCGAAGCCUUCGGGCUUUCAGUCCUCCUAUACAUCGUGGGCUUCAUCCAACAAGCAGCAUCCAACAAUGUCGAAACCUACGCAGCUGCCCAAAUAUUCUACGCCGCGGGACAGACUGGCCUACAGAUUCUCAUACAGAUCUUCAUUGCCGACACAAGCGAUCUGAUCAACCGUGCAUUAUGCUCGACAAUACCGGACACGCCCUUCCUACUCAACGUCUGGUUAGGGCCAGCUCUCGCCGAGACCAUGCUCAACAAGCUGAACUGGAGAUGGGGCUAUGGAAUCUGGGCAGUGAUUCUUCCCAUCGCCUUCCUACCACUGGCGCUUGCUCUGGUCAUCAACCAGAGAAGAGCUGCCAUGCGCGGAAUACUGCCUACCACACCUUUCGCGGAAGAAUCUUGGUGGGAGAUGAUCAAGACGCUCUGGUUCGAGCUCGAUCUUUUUGGACUCCUGCUGAUCUGCGUGGCAUUCACACUCAUUCUCAUACCCUUGACACUGGGCGCGAAGACUGGCUGGGACAAUCCGUCGCUGAUAACCAUGCUGGUCGUGGGCGCCGCAUGCCUUGUCGCGAUUCCAUUCUGGGAGAGAAGCAAAACUCUGGCACCUCGGGCCUUCUUUCCCAGGAGCUUCUGGAAGAACCGCACCCUCAUGGCUGGUCUGGCACUAUCCUUCUUCUACUUCAUGGCCUUCUACCUCUCAGUCUACCCCUACUUUCAGUCAUACCUACUCGUGGUACAGGACUUACCACUCACACAAGCCGGUCGGAUCGUGCAAACAUUUACAUUCACGUCCACGAUCACGGCCAUCAUCAUAUCUUUUGUCAUCAAGUACACUAAACGGUACAAAAUCUACAUGGUGAUAGGAACGGUCGUCUACGUUAUCGGACUGGGCCUAAUGAUCAUCUAUCGCACCGAAGAGUCGACACCAAGGACGAUCAUCGCGACGCAGGUAUUUCUGGGGAUAGGUGGCAGCUUAACCCACGUACCUGCGCAGCUUGGCGUGCAGGCAUCUGCGAGUCAUAGUGAGGUUGCAGCCGCUACUGCACUGUUCCUCACGUUCCUGGAGAUCGGUGGCGCUGUUGGAUCUGGCAUUUCUGGCGCGAUCUGGACAUCGAACGUGCCGAAGAAGCUCGCGAUGUAUCUGCCGGAAGAGACAAAAGACCAAGCUGCUGAAAUCUUUGGCAACAUCACAUUGGCAUCGCGAGGUUGGCCAAUGGGCAGUCCGACACGCAUUGCCAUCAAUCUGGCCUAUCAGGAGGCGAUGACCAACAUCCUGACAGUCUCAAUAUUUGUGGCUCUGCCAUGCAUUGUUCUCAGCUUGUUGAUGACGAACUAUAAACUCGACGAGAUCGACCAGGGCGUGAAGGGUGUCGUGAUUGGCGGCACACAAGACGGAGUCGACAACAGAGAAGAGCCAAUUGCAGGGCCGUCCACAUCGCGACUGUCCAGAGAAUCGACAAGAUUGAUGGCAAUCAGCGCAGAAGAGGAAGACGACGAAGAAGAUGGUGAGAAUGAGGAACGACAGGACUCUCGGAGCCGUUUGCUGGGCUCAAGAAAGCGUUCAUGA